UUGAGACUAAGCUAACAUUUUACAAAAAUAAACUUUAGAAUAUCUGUAUCAAAACAACUUUCAGUUCCCUAGUGUAGAGAUGGCGCCAGAUGGACUGUGUUGCGAUACCUGUCACAAUAGGAUGUAUUUAACAAUAUGGCACUAGAUCAGAGAGCAAUACCUCCCCUCCAUCCACAUAUAACGCCAGAAAUGGAGCAAGAGAUGAGAGAUAUCGAACUCGCUAAAAAGUUGAGUCUGGAGACUGCAGAAGAAGAUAGGCUCCGUAGAUUAGAGCGUCAAUGGAACUCAGGACGUCUUGGUAUUCCUGAGUCAAAUAUGGCAAGAGCUGGCUCAGUUCCAGAUUUCAUGUGUCAUUUUUCAGACUCUGGGUUAUCGAGGGCUGCAUCUGCAUCACCUUCCCCAACCACUGCAACUAGUCAAGUUAAUACUCUAGCAGCUCCAAAGUUGCCCCCUCCCAGAGCCAUACCCAGGCCUAGGUCAUCUAAUAACCUACGAGGGAUAGUAGGUCAAGGUCCCGUCGUAGCAACUAAAAGUGCACUUGCCCCCACAAACAUAAGUGCUGCCUCAGCAAAUAAGUUAAAUAAUGAUGCAGUUAAAAACGCUACAAUUGAACAGGAUAAAGGGGGAAGAGAAAGGACAAACAGUGCAGAUAUGAUCUUGGAGGAUAUUCCCCCUUCAUCAUCCCUACCUGAUAAACCUCUCAUAAGUUUCUCACCUACUGAGAAGAUGAAAAAUUUUGAUUUUGAUUUGAGCAGUUUGGAUCCAUUAAAUGUAGAGGGUGCUUCAGCUCUGAGUGCAUUUUUAAAGGAUGAUGUUGAUAGUAGGAUUAAACAACAUUCUACACCUAAUUCUCCCACUAGGAGUCAUCGUGUAUCAACUGGGAUGCAUGCUGGUACAGUGGCUAUAGCUAAUCAACAUAUGGGUAGAGGAAAUCAAUUCAAUUUCCCCACACGAGGGGCACAUAUUGGCAGUGGUAGGGGGGUGGGGGCACAACAAAGGGUGAUAAGCGAUCCAACAGGAAUGUAUGCCCUACCCCCUAGACUGCCCCAAAGGAGUAAGACAUAUACGCCAUGUCUUACAGAUGUGCCUCCCCCUCCCCCUGCCAGGCCUCCAGUUGACCUCUCAAGGCUAUCUGUACUUUACAAUCCCCAACAGGGACAACCAGGGGACCCAGAACCCUCCCCCACAGAGGCCUCAAUUCAGUUCUCCAAUAAAUCAGUAGAGGAAGGGAACUUACUGGAUGUUUACUAUGAGGAUCACGACUACAUGAGCCUUGAAAGUUUUGAUCCUCUAUUUGAUGAUAAUGAUACUAACUUUGAAGCAGUUAGUGACCAUAGUACAUUUUUACAUAACAUUUUACUCAACAAUAAACCACCAGAGACAUAUAUGAAAGUACGCACAAAAAGUACACGUGCAGAGUCCCAAAAAGUGCCAACAACUACAACAAAAAGUCAUUCAGCUGAUGUAGAUAUUCUAGAUCCAUUCUCAGUUAGUGAACUCUCAGCUUUAAGAGCCAGCCAAAAGCAGAAGGAAGUUGAACCUAAAACUAAAGUCAGUACUGUUAAAACUAAUCUAAAGUCUGAGCCAAAUAAGUUUGGACAAGACAAUGCAGAACAACCUGUUAGACCUCCGAGACCAAGAAAGGUAUCAAAAAGCAAGGAUGAUUCUGGUGACAGAUUGCGUCAUACAACAGAUAUUGAUGAAUCUACUCAGGCAUUCUGCGCCAUGGUUGCCAGAAUAAGUAAUCGGUAUUCACCAAGUGAUCUUCAGACAAACCAUGGUAUUAUAAUAAGCCCUCGUCUAACAAAUAUGCCCUGUGACCCUAUACAGGUCAAGGUGAUCAUAAGUGCCAAAUUUGCCCCAGAGCCAGUGAAGUUUACAUGUGAUGUGCACUCUGCUGUAGAACAUGUGAUCAGUAAUGUAUUAUACACACUGUGUGAUGAUUUAGGACAACUCACCACCGAUGACUUCAUACUCAAAGUCCAUGGAAGAUCAGAGUACCUACUCAAUGAGUUUAUUCUCUGGGAGUAUGAGUACAUACAGAACUGUAUGAAGAUGGACAUAGACAUCAAACUGGAACUCUUGGAGAUUAAGAAGAUGAAAAGACCCCUUCUAAGAACUCCUCAAGACUCAAGACAGCCAAUGUACUUGCCAAAGUUACGGCCCAAAGAAGGACAGGCCGUGACCAAAGCUACAAUGACCAUCUUACUUGAUACAUUCUACAAGGAAGUGGAAAAAUUGAGGGAUAAAUGUAUCAAGGCUGAGAAGGUCCAGACCAGUGCAGUUAUUCAAUCCAUAAAGGCGAUAUGUUCAAUCCUGGCUGCCAUUGAGACUAAUGAUAUCACAAAGGCCAUCAAGAGGCUUGUGUCUCUAACUGGGGAUACAUCAAAAGACCAAGUGACCCAAGAUGUAGUAGAUGGGGACUCUAAGUUUUCUAUGGUGGACUCAAGAUCAAGGUCAGCCAGUGAUAUCGUAGAAGAUAUAUUGGACUGUUUAGAGAACUUAACACGUGCAGUAGAACAAUUGCUCUCCAUGUUCUGUGCAACAUUCCUUACAGACUUUAACCUCAACGAAAGUAAUAAACAUCAUAAAGAGGACCAAAGUUGUGCAAAUAUGACUGACAGCAUCAUUGUUCAAAUAGGCUCCGCCCACAGACUGCCUAUCCAAUGGAAGAAUGUCUAUGAAAACUACAAAGUCAUAUGUGGCCUUUAUUAUGGUGGGAAACUCAUAUGUCAAGAGAAAGUCAGCAAGACAACGCAUAUUUUAAGAGGAGGCUUCCAGGAGAAAAUCAGUUGGGAUGAAUGGGUAGAGUUUGAUGGUCUAUGUGUUGGUACAAUCCCCAGAGAGACCAGGCUCUGUAUGACACUUUAUGGUAUCAGGACUGUUCCCACAGACAGUAAACAACACACUGCAGGGCACCAAAUGAAUGAUGCAUUAGGUUGGGCGACUGUGCAGCUUUUUAACUACAGAGGACAUUUGACUCAAGGCCCCCAAUUGCUUGGACUGUGGCCAGAUGGGCAGGCCAAACCGACAGGGACUUGCCAGAGCUUCGUUGAUAACUCAGACAGUGUGCUUCUUCAGGUGUCUCUUCCUGACUUUGAACAUGUUGUCUACUUCCCUGCAGUAGAAGUUGGAGAAAUAAAUGACCCACAGCCAUUUGCGAACCUACAUCCUGACUCUAAAGAACAACUACAAGAGAUCUUGGAGCGUGAUUGUAUCUCUCUAUGUAAUGCCUAUGAGAAAGAAGUCCUUUGGGAGAAGCGCCAUUACCUGUAUGGCCACCCUGAGGCACUUGCGAGAGUGCUUGCAGCCUGUACCUCAUGGGAGUGGGCCUCCCUUGCCGAUACCUAUACCAUGGUGCAACAGUGGUCUCCUCUGACACCCAUACAGGCUAUGACACUACUACUUCCAAGCUAUGCUGAUAUUCAGAUCCGCACAGCUGCAGUUGAGUGGAUCAAAGACAUUGAGAGUGAUGAAUUGGUGGAUGUUCUGCCACAGUUGGUGCAGGCGCUGAAGUAUGAGAGCUACCACGACUCUGCCUUAUCUAGAUUCCUCCUAGAUAGAUCUGCCAGCAACAUCAGGGUGGCACAUCAGCUCUACUGGCUAUUGAAGGAGGCAGCUGAGAAUGUAAUGUCCCGGAAAAGAUACCAGUUGAUGUUUGGCGCUUUGAUGAGCAUUGUGGGUAAAUCAUUGAGGAAAGAAUUUGAGAAACAGGAAGAGCUCGUGAAGAAACUUGCCAUCAUUGCUGAGACUGUCAAAAUGGCCAAAGAUAAAGAUGAUGCACUGAAUCGUGAGCUUGAGAUGAUUUAUGAGAUGCUGUAUGAAGAAACAGCCCGUCUGCCACUCAGCCCAAGUCUAGAGAUCAGUGGAAUAGAUAGAAAGUCAUGCUCAUAUUUUGCAUCCAAUGCAACUCCAUUGAAGCUUGUUUUCAAAAAUGUAGACCCCAAAGCUGUGUCCAUAUACACCAUGUUUAAGGUAGGGGAUGACUUGAGGCAAGACCUGCUUACACUACAGCUGAUACGCAUUAUGGACAAACUCUGGCUAAAGGAGGGCUUGGAUCUCAAGAUGAUCACAUUUGGGGUUCUGCCCACUGGCAACAAAAGAGGUCUCAUUGAAUUGAUAACAGAGUCUGAAACUCUGCGGAAGAUCCAAGUGUCUCAUGAUGGUGUGACUGGUUCUUUUAGAAAUAGACCAGUGGGUGUUUGGCUUCAAAAACACAACCCUACAGAGCUAGAGUACAAAAAGGCUGUGAGCCAUUUUACAAGAUCUUGUGCAGGUUAUUGUGUGGCUACAUACAUUCUUGGUAUCUGUGAUCGCCAUAACGACAACAUCAUGCUGAAAGAGUCAGGGCACAUGUUCCAUAUAGACUUUGGCAAGUUUUUAGGUGACGCUCAAAAGUUUGGGAAUAUUAGUAGAGACCGUGUACCAUUUGUGUUCACAGCAGAUAUGGCAUAUGUCAUAAAUGGCGGAGACAAACCCAGUAGUAUGUUCCAGAACUUUGUAGACUUGUGCUGCAAUGCAUUUAACAUCAUCAGGAAAAAUGGCAAUCUCUUUAUGACUCUGCUUGAAAUGAUGGCCGAUUCUGGUAUUCCUGGUGUGAACCACAAUGCUGUAGAAUAUGUCCAGAAGAACCUUAUGCCCCAGAGCUCUGAUGCUGAAGCUACAGCUGCAUUUACAAGGAUGAUUGAAAGUAGUUUAAAUUCAGUGUCCACAAAAUUUAAUUUCUUCAUUCACAACCUGGCUCAGUGGAAGUUCAAGGGACACCAGGAGGGGGCGCUGUUGUCAUUUAUUCCAAAGACAUACAGUAUGCAGACAGAUGGCCUUAUAACAGACAUCAAGGUCCAUAACUUCCAAAAACGCUACAACCCAGAGAAGUAUUAUAUCUACAUCAUCAAGAUAUUUAGAGAAGGUCAAAGGGUACCCUCUCACAUAUUCCGGCGCUACUCAGAGUUCUAUGAAUUCCAUAGCAAACUAGUGAUGACAUUCCCUUUAGCGACCAUCCCCCCUCUGCCUGGGAAGAUUUUACUAGGAAGAACACAUAUAAAGACAGUGGCAGAAAAGCGAAAGAUGGAAUUAGAGAAUUUUAUGAGAGAAUUGCUGCUACUUGCACCUGAAAUAUCACAGCAUGAUCUUAUAUAUACAUUUUUCCAUCCAAUGUUGAGGGAUGAAACAGAAGUGGAUAAAAUGGACAAGCAAAAAGUUAGAGAACCCACAUCACCUAGAGAACUAAAUAGGUCUAUACAAGGGGAAGUGAAACUGUCUCUGUUAUAUAAAAGUGAUUCUCUAUACAUCAUGGUUAUGCACGCCAAAGACAUUGCCAAUGGAUGUGGGGAGCCUCCAGAUCCAUAUAUUAAAACAUACCUACUUCCUGAUCGUGGCAAGUUCACCAAGAAAAAGACAAGAAUUGUCGAGAGGACUUUCCAUCCAACAUUCAAUGAAAUGCUCAUAUACCGAAUGCCAUAUGACCAGAUCACUACUCGAACUUUACAAGUGACGAUCUGGAACUAUGAUAGACUGAAAGAAAAUGAAUUCAUGGGUGCCGUUUAUAUAAAACUAAGUGAAGUGAAUCUUUUGAAGGAGGAAGCCAAGUGGUAUACUGUUGGGAAUUUACAGCUGAUUGCAUGAGGAAGCAGUCACGUUGGAGGAAAUGUCAUUGGUGAUACUUCAAUUUGCAAAAUAGAACAGAACAGUGUAAAGAUACCAAGGAACAAAUACAUGUGUGAAAGACUGCCAAGAAAUUGACGGACAUCUGAAAUUAAUUGAAUUUUGAGGAGAAAUAUCGUAGAAUAAGCAUGAACAGUCUGACUAGUAAUCCUUGCAUGCUAAGCACUUGUAAGAUUGUCCCUAAAUUUUAAUUAAUGCAAAAAUGGCAGUAAAGUAGUCCAGGAUGUCAGAGCUGUGAUGUCAUAAAUAUUUAUAUACCUGAUAAUAUAUAUACAGUGUAUAUAUAGAAUGAAAAAUUGAACUGGAAAAGGAUUUAUACUGAAAUGAAAUUAUGAGACACACAUUUUACUUUGUAUUCUAAAUUAUUGCAAACAUCGUUCUUAACUCAUUUUUGACAUGCAAUCUAGAAGAGAGCCUAAACAUGGGCUUUCAAAAUGGCCUAUUGUAAGCCUUAAUUUUUGGAAAUUCAAUUCUACAGUUUUUGAGAAUUGUAAAAUAUGGCUGUGAUGAAUUUUAGCCUAAUAGAAAAAGAGCCAUUGCAUUGAUCAAUAAAUUUUUGUUGGCCAAUAUAUAUUAUGGAAAUUAUUUGGUAGUCCAACUUUGUUUUGUCUAUUAUUGUAUUGUGGAAUAUUGCAAAAAUGUUAAUUUUAUUCAUGUAAUUUUAUGUACAUGUAAAGAAAGGUAGUACAAAGUGGGAUCAAGCAUGGAAUGGAUGUAUCCAGGAUAAAAAAAGGAAAAAUAGUCGGGACAGAGUAAUGCUUUCUCUGUUACUCUGUUCUCUAUUACAUGUUAACAAUGUCUACUAUAUGUACAUGGUAACACAUAUUUACAAUAUAUAUGGUAAAAUAAUGUUCAUUAUUAUACAAGGUAACCUAUUUAUUUAUACAUGGUCUAGUGCUUGACCAUAUCUACUCUACAGGGUGGGCCAAAAGUAUUUAUCUAUAUUAUUCUGAAAAUAGAGUAGUCAUCUGAUAACCAAUCAGAUCACAGUUAAAGGUUCAAUUUAUAAUGCAAAAUUUAGCGAAAACUGCCCAAUGCACGGAGCUUUAUUUAUGAAAUGAAUGAAUGAAUGUGUAUGCACAAAAUUAAAAUAUCUACUUGAAAUGAAUUAAAAUGUUUUUAAUAAAAUUAAAGAAGUAAAUUAUUUUCUUAUUUCUCUUGGAUGAAAAAUUUCUUAGAUAAAAUUCCACGAUUCCACAAAUCAAUAAUAAAGGGCCACUGUACAAGUUGCAUUUUUAUGAACUUACAUGUACAUAUAAUAUAUUGAAAGCUCUGUAUUUGAGAAAUGCCCUACUGUAUGUAUUUUGCAGAGAAUGAAAACUUCUAACUUAAUAAUGUCACUGUUAAUAAAUGGCUUACAUGAAGGUUUCUUUAAUUAUAAUUGUACAAAUCAUCUUAAAAUUAUAUGAAACAAUGCUUUAAAGUAUAUAGGCUUAUAAGUACCUUGCAUGUACUUUAAAUGCAGUAAGUGAAUGAAAUAAAGUAUGAAUUGUGUGAAUAUUGCAAACAUAAUAGUU